GUUCCCACUCCAGAUACUGACACAUCUCGCGCUCCAUCUGGUUAAUUUCGCGCAAUUAGAAUAUGCCCUGCGCCACAAUACUCCAGGAUUUUGAUGCGAGCAUGAAAGCGGACAUGAAAAGACUGCUAAGCGAUGACGAAUUACCCAUCAGAGAAGCACUUGAGCAUGAAAGCACACCAACUCCAGCACCAGUGUUUGAGGAGAAGCCAACAAUAACCUAUGUCCUCCGCGGCCAAAAAGCAACCUUCCAUAACCCCCAAUAUCAUCCUGCCCCCGAAGUUCUUGAGGCAUCUAAACUGCCAAUUGAUCAUCCAGACUUUGAAGUGGCUGCUUCGUCCUCGCUGUCCAGUCAUUCAGUGCUGCUUCUGUCAGACACCUCAAGAGUAACGUCUCGAGAGCCACAGUCAGAAAAAAAGGGUUAA